GGGUGGAAGGGCGGAAGCACUUUGAUGUUUCGCGGAAGCGGAAGCGCGUCCUUGACGAGUUAUGGCGGCGCUGGUGAGAGUCGUGAAAUACCAAGGUGGAAUACCUCAAUGGAUUGCAUUAUGCAGUGGAUUGAUGCAAACAACAUUAGCUCAACCACAGUGUGGCAGAAUGCUGUAUGGUACGUUCCAGACAACAUUCCUCUUUUUGUUGUCUUCACAGAGACACAGAAAUGGUCAGUCCCCUCUAAACAAAGUUUGCUGUGGAUUGAUACAAAGUGUUAUUAUGGUAAAGCAGCCUAACAGAAGACUUCAUCACACACACAAGGUUUUUACAGCUAAAGAUGUUGCACAGCCAUCUGAAGAGAAAGUAGGCCCUUUCACAAAGAUAAUAGAAGCAAUGGGCUUCACAGGACCACUAAAAUAUAGCAGAUGGAAGAUCAAAAUAGCAGGUCUGCGCAUGUACACAUGUUGUGUGGAGAGAAUAGAUUAUGAAGAAUUCUUUAACAGACUUCGGCUGCCUGACACAUUGAACUCUUGGUUUUUAGUAGCACAGCUUCAUGUCUGGAUGUGUUUAGUACGAAUGAAGCAAGAGGGGAGAGCAGGAAAAUACAUGUGCCGAUAUAUUGUUUACUCUAUGUGGGAGGAUGUUCUCCAACGUGGAAAGGUCAUGGGGAUUGAUUCCUAUGAGAUGAAAAAAAGUGUGAAAGCCAUGGUACAAAAUUUCUAUGCAUCUAUUUUUGGAUAUGAUGAGGGAAUCCUCUCAGAUGAUCAUGUGCUUGCAGGAGCUCUCUGGAGAAAUCUCUUCAGUAGAAACUGUGAUGAUCCAAGGAUGUUGGAAAUAAUGGUAGAAUAUGUGCGCAAACAGAUGCAGCAUCUGGAUGCUAUGCCAGGAGAAGACCUGCUGCUGUCUGGUGAAGUGACAUGGCGCCCCCUUGUGGAAACUAAUGCACAGAGCAUUGUGAAGCCUGCUUUACCAACAUACAAUGAUGCAGGACUCUGAAAUCUUCCAUCAGCCGCCUCAGAACUUUUUUUGCUGCUGUGUGUUUUAUCUGUAUGUGGACCAGUUCCUGAAAGUGGGAGUUGAUAUAUACUGUAUAUGGUCAAGAGAGAAAUAAAUAAAUGCUUUAGUUGCUAUUUGAAGAACAAUUAAAACUCCCUUAUUUUCAUUACUUUAUCUUAGUAAUCAGAAUGACCUGGAAUUUUUUCAUAUUCUAUCUGUAGUUGAAUGCAGCUAGUUCAUUGUCGAGCAGUGUUAAUGAUCUGGUUUUCAGAGGGAACUUCUUUUUUGAAAGCAAUAUAGUUUACCAAAGUGACAAGUAAGCUGCCUUUUGUCUAGAAAGAGGAAAGAAGUUUACCAAAUGUUAUAACUCUCUGGUUUGUGAAAAUCACUAGCAUAGUCUUUCUCUACAAGUAUUAUGUAUCUCAGAGCACAUGAGAGAUUUGAAAUGCAAAACUUGAAGAAUGGCUUUCUAAAAGGAUUGCCUGUGACCCAAUCUAAAAUAGGUUGGAACUGAUGUAGUGGACAAGGGUGUUGGGGAGAACAGAGGGAGGAAACCACUGAAGACCAGUGGAUUUAUUUCAGUAUGAGCUUUCGUGGAUUAAAAUCCACUUCCUCAGAUAGGAGUACAAAGACAUGUCCCGAGUGUAGUUUUCUUGCUUGUCUCGGCAGCACAGACUCAAAACUUGUAUGUUAAUGACACCACCAGAGACUGUUUGAGAGUCAAACGAGAGAUGACUAUUAAAUGCAUAGAUGUAUAUAAAUUACAGAUUUUUUUAAAAAAAUGCAAAUAGCAUUUACACCUUUGGAUGAGAGUGAUAAUUAUGCAUCUAGACACUGUCUAGAGGGGCGGGGUAAAAAUCAAAUAAAUAAAUAAAUAAUUUUUUCCUGCUGUGAUCAGGAAGGAGACUCUUGUCAUGAAACUGAUAUUUAUGUUGUCAAAGGGGAGUUGGAAAUUCCUUAGUGGUACUAACUGAGUCUUUCCUCCGAAAACAAUAGAUCUUCCAAAAAAAAGGGACUUAUUCAGAAUCACAGCAAUUGUCAGGCUUCCACUGAGCAGAAUGAUUUGCCAGCAUACUAAUGCAGAAUUGCACUGCUUGCACAAGUGCUGCUUUGGGGUAAAUGACUAUCUGAGAAAACCUCCCCUCUGCUUGUGCAACAGCACCUUUUGCAUAGACAGAAUGACCCAAUGUUACUGCACUGAUAGAACUUUCUCUCCAGCUGAAGCUCAACACAAUACAGGCCUUAACCUUCUAACUCAGAUUGAUACAAUUGGCGGUUUUUAAAAUGUGCAUUUAUUGAACUCAACACACGUUCAGUGCCAUUGUUAAGUUUGGCCCUGAAACUGUACCUAGAAACCACUUUUCAGCCUGCUAUUGUUGUCUUUUGGGUAUGGUUUGAAAACUUGGAGUAUGAGUAAUAUUUCUUGUUCAGGGAUUUGUUUUCAUCAGCUUAUUUGCUUUUUAAAAUAGUGGCUCAGGUAACUAACUGUGUAGCUAACAGUUUGAUCAGGUGAUAGAGCUUCUAACCUGCUCCUCACUGAGUAGAGGUGUGCAGAUUUAUACGCUUGGACUACCAUUCCCAGAAUAGGUGCUUGGGAAAUUCUGGGAAUUAUAGUCCGAAAACACAAAUCUGUACAAUGUCUUUCACUGAGAAGCUAGCUUUGCACAUGUUAUAUCAAGAGUGUUAAUACACAAUUCCUUUUUAGAAGCAGAACUUUUCUCUCCCUUUAUCAGAAACGUAACCUAAGAUGCAAUCCUCUUGUUUGCUUACUAUGUAAUGCCUUUGCUGAAAUGUUGGAGAGUAGUUCUCCAUAAACUUAGGGUCUGAUCCUAAUAAAUGUACUGAAAACAAUA